AUGGAACCAUUUAAUGCACUGAAUUCUCUCAAGGAUAUUUGGGAAAAUGUACCACCUAAUUGGAAGGGUCCUGACCCCUGUGGAAGCAGGUGGGACGGCAUUUUGUGCUCCGAUUCGCGUGUGACUUCCAUAACAUUGGCAAGCAUGCAAUUGAAAGGGACGCUAUCUGGAGACCUCUCAAUCUUGUCAGAAUUGCAGAUCCUGGAUUUAUCCUACAACAAGGAAUUGACAGGCACUAUUCCCCCAGCAAUUGGGAAUUUGAAGAACCUAACAAACUUAAUACUGGUUGGCUGUGGUUUCUCUGGUCCAAUCCCUGAUACGAUAGGAUCUUUGCCACUGCUCACCUAUCUUUCAGUUUGUGCCUGUAGCAGCAUUUCUAAAACUCUUCAUUGGUAUUACCUGCAGAUCUCUGAACUCGAAUCAGUUCACAGGACGAAUCCCCCUUCAAUUGGCAAUCUAACUAAACUUUAUUGGCUGGAUCUUGCUGCUAACCAGCUUUCUGGGAACAUCCCAGUCUCCACAGGGACUACACCUGGUCUUGACCUGCUAGUUCAUACAAAACACUUUCAUCUUGGAUUGAAUCAGCUCUCUGGCCCAAUCCCUCCUCAACUUUUCAGCUCAGACAUGAAACUAAUACAUGUACUUUUUGAAAGCAACAAGCUCACAGGCCCCAUUCCUUCCACCCUUGGCCUUGUGAAGACUUUGGAGGUUGUGCGCCUUGAUGAUAAUAUGCUCACUGGAUCUGUCCCUUCCAGCCUCAGUAAUCUUUCCAUUGUCAGUGAGAUGUUUUUAUCCAACAAUCAUUUAAAUGGGACACUUCCCGACCUUACUGGCUUGAAUCUUCUCACCUACUUGGACAUGAGCAAUAAUAGUUUUGACGAAACAGAUUUUCCUCCAUGGUUUUCAACCUUGCCGUCUUUGACAAGUUUGGUGAUGGAAAAAACCCAACUUCAAGGACAGAUUCCUACUGACUUCUUCGCCCUUUCCAAUUUACAGACUGUGAAUGCAAGAAAUAACCGACUCAAUGGCUCAUUGGAUAUUGGAACAAGCUAUGGAAACCAACUGGCAUUGGUUGAUUUGCGGGAAAAUCAAAUCUCUGACUAUAAAAACAGACCAGGAGGUGAAAAUGUGGACGUAAUACUUGUAAACAACCCAGUUUGUCAAGAAACAGGAGCGAGCGGAAAUUACUGCACUGUUCCUGAAUCCAAUUCUUCCUAUGCAACUCCUCCAAGUAACUGCCAGUCUGCUUCCUGCUUUGCCAAUCAGAUUUCCAGUCCCAACUGUAAAUGUGCAUUUCCAUACACGGGAGUUAUAGAGCUCAGAGCUCCUUCAUUCUCAGACUUGAAUAAUAACAACACUUAUUACAGUGUUCUUGAAACGUCUCUGAUGGAUUCAUUAAAGUUACAUCAGCUUCCUGUGGAUUCAAUUCAACUAAGUGAUCCACGAAAAGAUUCGUCUCAGUACCUUGAUUUGACUCUGCAAGUGUUUCCAUUUGGCCAAGAUCGUUUCAAUCGAACAGGAAUUGUAAAUAUUGGUUUUGUGCUAAGCAACCAGACUUUCAAGCCUCCGCCGCAAUUUGGACCUUUCGUUUUUCAUGGUCAGGCCUAUCUCUAUUUCUCAGGUAGUCUCAUAACUGAUACAGAACUAAGAAAAAACUUAUCAUACUGUUUCUCCUUUCUUAUCAUAACAUCUCUCUCCGUCUCUCUUCCUCCUCCUCCUCCAGAAGAAGUUGUAGGAUCAAAAAAGUCAUCUAGCACUGGUGUUAUCAUCGGAGCUGUAGUUGGGAGCUCCGUCCUUCUGUUGCUAUUGCUCGGUGCUGGUCUUUAUGCUCAUCGUCAAAAGAAGAGAGCACAAAAAGCAAAUGAACAAAACAAUCCUUUUGCACACUGGGAAUCAAACAAGAGUGUCGGAGGUGUUCCGCAAUUAAAAGGAGCCAGAUGCUUCACUUUUGAAGAGCUCAGGAAAUACACCAAUAAUUUCUCAGAAACCAAUGACAUUGGUUCUGGGGGUUAUGGAAAGGUUUAUAGAGGAGUUCUUCCAACUGGAGAACUAAUUGCUAUCAAACGAGCUCAACAAGGAUCGAUGCAGGGUGGGCUAGAAUUCAAGACUGAGAUUGAACUUUUAUCCAGAGUCCACCACAAAAAUGUUGUAAGCCUUCUAGGCUUUUGCUUUGAAAGAGGUGAACAAAUGCUCAUAUAUGAGUUUGUGCCGAAUGGCAGUCUCAUGGAAAGCCUAUCAGGGAAGACAGGAAUCAGGCUUGAUUGGGUGAGGAGACUGAAAGUGGCCCUUGGUGCAGCAAGAGAACGAGGGAAGUACAUCGUGAGAGAGGUAAAGAUGGCAUUGGAUAGAGCAAAAGAUUUAUACAACCUCCGCGAACUUCUUGACCCAAGCAUUGGUUUGGAUACAACAUUAAAAGGUCUAGACAAGUUUGUGGAUGUUGCAUUGAAAUGUGUACAAGAGAAUGGAAUUGACAGGCCAAAAAUGGGUGAAGUGGUGAAAGAGAUUGAGAACAUCUUGCAUCUUGCUGGUCUGAACCCCAAUGCAGAUUCGGCUUCGACUUCGGCAAGUUACGACGAUGUAAGCAAGGGAACUGCUAAACAUCCAUAUGUGUUCAGCAAAGAUGCUUUUGACUACAGUGGAGGCUUCCCAGUUUCAAAGCUAGAGCCACAGUGA